AUGUCGCAGCCAACAGGCCUGUUCAGCGUGCGGCGCCCUCGCGAAACCUUAGGCAACAUCCAGAACUUCAGUGGGAUCCCACAGCCUGCGUCCGCGGUCAAGCGCGUGUCUUCGAGCCAUGAACUACGAAAUGCGCCUUACACGGCCUCGCAUGUACGAUCGACAUCGAUAAACCAAAGCAUUCAGCGCCCAGCGCAGCCCAAUUUUCACCGAUCCUCAUCCGGCGGGAACCUGGCCGACAUGGGCAUAUCAACUGUGCGAAGGUCAGCGUCAAACAACGUCUUCGGAAGCGCGCACACGGGACGACAGAGUCUGGCACCCAACCAGCUAUUCGGUCCACAAACACCAGCGACGCAAAGCCUACAGCGCCGAAGCAGUAUAUUCUCACGGCCAUCCGCCCACGGGCCCGUCGCGCACCAAUCCUUCUUCUCACAACCUCCGGCCCCGACCGGCGCGCCGAAAGACCCACGACCACUGAGGGACUCGUCGUAUAGGGCGCGACUGAGUCAGGAGCUGCUAGACUACCUGACGCAGAACAACUUUGAGCUGGAGAUGAAACACUCGUUGACACAAAACUCGGUCAAAUCGCCCACACAAAAGGACUUUACGCUCAUGUUCCAGUGGCUCUAUAAGCGAAUUGAUCCAGGGUACCGAUUUCAGAAGGGCAUCGACACCGAGGUCCCGCCGAUCAUGAAGCAACUACGUUAUCCCUACGAAAGAGACAUCACCAAGUCACAUCUAGUAGCGGUCGGUGGACAAAACUGGCCACGCUUUCUGGGCCUGCUACACUGGAUGAUGCAACUGGCGCAAAUGCUGGACAAUUUCUCGCGCGGUGCCUACGACGACGCAUGCGCCGAAGCCGGCAUCGACGUGUCCAGCGACCGCAUUGUGUUCCGAUUCUUGUUCGGCGCCUACCAGGACUGGCUACAGAUGGGCCCCGAGGACGACGAGGAGAGCGAAGACGCAGCACUCCAACCGCACAUCCAGGCGAUGAACGAGGAAUUCGAACGCGUCAAUGCCAAACACGUCGAAGAACUCAAAAUGUACGAGGCCGAGCACGAAGCACUGAAAGCACAGAUUGAAGAAUUCGAACGCAAUGCACCGGACAUUGCAAAACUCGACAAACACUUCAAGAUCUUGGAAGAUGACAAGAAGAAAUUCGAAGAAUACAACGCAAAUGUACAGGCCAAGAUUGAAAAGUACGAUUCACGGAUCAAGAUCCUCGAGGCGGAAAUCCAACGAACAGUAGCGGACUUGCAAGUAGUCGAACAAGAAAGACAAGGUCUACAACAAUCUGUCGACCGACAGGGUCUCAACAUCCAGGACAUUGACCGGAUGAACACGGAGCGGGAACGACUGACCAAAUCCCACGAAGACGCCGUGGCAGCACUGGAUGAACUCAACAAACAAGUGUUAGAGAAAGAGGCCGAAACAGCCCGCAAGCUCGAGGACCUUGAAGCGGUGGUGAAGCGGUACAAUUCUCUAGGAUACCAAUUAUCGCUGAUUCCUUCGACGGCCGUCAACGCCAAAGGAGCCGACUACGAACUACGGCUUAACGUGUCCGAAAACAGCAAGUUUUUGUCAACGUCGCAACAACGUUCAUCAUCAUCAUCAUCUUCUUCAAGACGACACGGCUCAUCGACGACGGCGGCAGAAGCAUCUGGAGGCUCCACGGAUAGGCUUCUAGCCGACCACAACGUCGGAUACUCGCCCAUCCACCUAUUAAAUCUAGAUCUUCGCGGCGCCGUUCGCAACGCAUUCAUCGCUUUACGCAAGGAAAUCAACGAACGGCGCAAAGCCGCUGCGGACGCCGACCUCAACGCCCGCGACUUUCUCGACAACAUCUCGGAAGCCCUACACGAGAAAAACACCGAGAUCGACAACCUCAAUUACCGCGUCAACGAGGCCAGUCGCUUAUAUGCCAGCCUCAAGGAAAGCAAUAAUACAAUCUACACGCAGCAGACGAGUGCGAUUGAGAAACUCGAAAAGGAACUCGCUCGCAUGCGUGAGGGUUUGGAGAGAGGUGUGGUCGAGCUUGAACAGCGCGAAAUCGAGGUCCAGGUUGCUUGGGAGUCGAUGCGGGAAGAGGCCGCCCGCGUCCGUGAGGAAUUGCAUUCCGGUGUCGAGCGGUGUCUGGAAGAUGUUAUUCGGUUCAAGGUCCAUAUCCAGAAGGGGCUGGAGGAGUUUGAGGGCUGGGUUGGCGAGGAGGUCGAGUUGGAGCUGUUGGGGGAUGAGAUGGAGGAUAUGGGUUUGGAUGAUAAGGAAGGGAAGAAGGAGGAUGGGGAGAAGUAG